AUGCCGGGAUACUAUACGAUAGCAUCUAGCGCAACCCGCUCCGUCCUCAGCAAUAGGGCUCGGAGUUUACCCGUUCAAGAUUGGGGUUUAUUGGCGUUAGUUAGCACAUCGAAAGACGUCGGCUUUGGCAGUUUACUAAAAGUCUCACCAACUGACAACCCACUUAUACCUUGGAGCCCCAACGCGCGCACAGAGAUAAUUAUAACCCAGAGAAACUCUCUCUUCACUGAGCCCAAUCCCCUUCAACACUCUUCCAAGGGUGACUGCGGCAUGAUUCAUAGCUUUGAGAGUUCCGCAACAGUGGCCAAUAUUGCGGUGAUAUCUCUCGCUCCCUGCUACGUGGACAUCCUUCCAUCAUCUCCACGCUCUCCACACUAUCCGCAACCUAUUCCCCCAUAUCCACCCAACUCUAUUAUAAGCCCCCGGGCCCAUCGUAUACGAAACAUCCUUGCCAUUGCCCUUAGUCCAACCUGCUUUUUCUCACGCUUCUUCGUCAGGUAUCCCAACAAGCCGAAGCACAUUGCUUACGCUCUGCUACUAUUGGACAAAGAAAGAGCUAGAGGGAACGAAAAUGAGCAAAACAUGGAGACGGGUAAAGAUGCCGAUGAGGCUAGGGCUGAGAAAGUUUUAUCAGAGCAACGAAAGAAAGGAAAUUUGGACGUCCUAGGUGAGGAUCAGCGAAUUUUAGGAGACUUUCCUUCUCAAGAUGGGUUUGCAACCUGGUUGACGUCUAAUGGAAAAGCUGCAAAGGGACUUUCUAAUUGGAUUUUAUCGAAGGCCGGUAUUCCUGGCGAAUGGACAUUGGCACCUCAUCGUCUCGGAUCCGUAAGUUCGCCAGCUCAUGAGAAUGGAAUAUCAUAA